GCUCUCUGAUGACGUGUCGGUGUUUUUACCAUGGCGGCUAUCUUCUAAUUGAUAGGAAAAUGUGUGUUUUGUAGCUGCAAGAACGCUCGUAGUUUCUCAUAAAAAUUCACAACAUAUUCCUUUCAGAAUGAAUAACAGAACGUCUUAUUUUUAUGACCCAGACGUGGGGAACUUUCAUUAUGGUGCCGGCCACCCCAUGAAGCCCCACCGUCUGUCUCUGACUCACAGUCUGGUGCUGCACUAUGGACUCUACAAGAAAAUGAUGGUGUUCAAGCCAUACAAAGCGUCUCAGCACGACAUGUGUCGGUUCCACUCUGAAGACUACAUAGACUUCCUGCAGAAGGUCAGCCCCAACAACAUGCAGGGCUUCACCAAGAGCCUCAACACUUUCAACGUGGGAGACGACUGUCCUGUGUUUCCAGGUCUUUUUGAGUUUUGCUCAAGAUACACAGGAGCCUCCUUACAGGGGGCCACACAGCUCAACCACAAGGUAAGGGGGGGGGCUGAACUCUGAACUAUGGGAGGAUGCAAUCUAAGGGGUC